AUGCUACUGUGCAUCACCAACUCAACCCUGGCCAGCCACGAGAAGGACAAGGACAAGGACAGCUCCACCGUGGCCAAGUUCAUGAAGGUGACGAGCGACUCGACGCCUCGCAGAACGAGGAUCUCGUGUCUGAAGGUCGUCGACUGCUUUGACCAGGUGGCCAAGACCAACAAGACGACGGAGGCGCGCGAGUACAUUACCCGGAAUGGCUCGGUGCAGAAUGGCAACACGUAUGUCGACGCCCCCGACAAAUUAUGUCCCCAGUCGGGAUGGUAUUUCCAUUGCCAAAUUUGGCAGCAGAUUUAG